AAACUUCACUUCCCAGAGACCUUUGCAUUCAUAAUGGCGGAGCGGAUUGCAUUUGUCAGUGAAUAAAUGUUGUUCGUGCGCCCUUCGAUUUGAUAAAGUGAAUGAAGACGUGAGACCAGGGAAGGGGGGGGUCUAUCUUGUGGAAGCCGCGCAGGUUUUUCAGAGAGAGUAACUUUCAGUGCGAUGAAUACGUUCCUUUGCACAGAGCUCCAGAAGGUUUAAUAUAAUUAAUAGAUCUUAUACAUUUGGCGCAAUAUUGAUUUUCUGUUAUGAUGCUUUCUUCUUUUGUCCGAGGUAUUCAUUUAAGCGACAGGCUACGGGGAUUCCCUUUGAAAUGGUCCUGUGUACGCCAAAGGAAAGCUUUUAUAAGGACUUGGGUAUGUUUCAAGUUAGGGCAAGGGUUGAACCGCAAUGAAUCUGUUUUGCACUCUGGAGCAGCCUUUGAAAAUGCGAGGAGGAAGAUCUGGACUCCAAGAGAGUCCCUGAGAGCGAGUAGAUCUGAAAACAGCAACACGCAGGUGUCAGUGCCCAAAAGCCAGAAAGGAGGAGCCUCCUUGUCAGCUGCUCAGAAAGUGAAAGAAGUUGGAAGAGAUUUCACAUACUUAAUUGUGGUGGUGGUUGGAAUCGGCAUUACAGGUGGUUUAUUCUAUGUGAUUUUUAAAGAGUUGUUCUCUUCCUCUAGUCCCAGUAAGAUCUAUGGAGAAGCUUUAGAGAAAUGCAGAGCCCACCCUGAGGUAAUAGGUGUUUUUGGUGAACCCAUAAAAGGUUAUGGUGAAGCAACACGCCGUGGGAGAAGACAGCUUGUCAGUCACAUUGAGUACAUAAAAGAUGGACUGAAAUAUAUGCGCCUAAAAUUCUACAUUGAAGGCUCAGAGAAAGGAAAACAAGGGACAGUUCACCUGGAAGUGAAAGAGAAUCCUGAAAAUGGAAAAUAUGAAUAUCGCUACAUAUUUGUGGAUAUUGAUGUUUACCCUAGAAGAACAAUAAUCGUUGAAGACAAUAGAUAAGAAAACAAUCGGAAGAACUCUCAUUAUAGUGAUUCUUCAGUGCCACAAUAAGCUUAAUAAGUUAACAAAAACGAGAUGGAUGAAAUGAAUGAGACUGGGAAAGUUAUUUUCCAUGUUCAUGUAAUAUCAACAUGCUGGUGGAACAAGUUGGGGUUAUGUCUGAUUCUGUGACUUAAGUACUGAAAGUAGGAAUCAUGUUUUUAAUAGGAAAUGCAGACAGUGUUGACUCACUGCAUACAAAUCGGCAGCAAACUGUGAAAACAACAAAGCUGUCAGAGGACUGUUAACGGUGAUUUUACAAUAAACACAUCAUACACUGCCUUCUAGGGUUUCAGGAUAAAUUUCUCCAUGUAGAUAUGGAUUACAGGACCCUACUGCAAUAAAUAAAACAUGCCAAAUGUGUAGAUGAUCACUGUUGUACUCCUAUGCACAGCAUUUUAAUACAUGUUGUGGCACAGAACUUCUGGUUGGAUGUUAUUUUUAAUAUAAUUCAAAUGGCUGUUUUGAGUAAAACGUGCUUUUAAGGGGAUGGAAAGUGAUAUAUAGAGAUGGGCAUAAGCUGACUUAAAAAUUAAAGUCUGCUACAAAUUUUG